UCAGUGGGAAGAAUGCCCCUUACGUUGGGGGUCAGUGGGAAGAAUGCCCCUUACAUUGGGGGUCAGUGGGAAGAAUGUCCCUUACAUUGGGGGUCAGUGGGAAGAAUGUCCCUUACAUUGGGGGUCAGUGGGAAGAAUGCCCCUUACAUUGGGGGUCAGUGGGAAGAAUGCCCCAUUACAUUGGGGGUCAGUGGAAGAAUGCCCUUACAUUGGGGGUCAGUGGGAAGAAUGCCCCUUACAUUGGGGGUCAGUGGGAAGAAUGCCCCUUACAUUGGGGGUCAGUGGGAAGAAUGUCCCUUACAUUGGGGGUCAGUGGGAAAAAUGUCCCUUACAUUGGGGGUCAGUGGGAGGAAUGUCCCUUACAUGGGGGGGGGGGGGGGUCAGUGGGAAGAAUGCCCCUUUUACCGACUGCCAAAAAGAUGAUUGGAGUAAUUCUGUGGCUCUUUCAGGUGGCUUUGGCCCUGGAACUAUGCAGACACCAUGACAUGGGA